AUGGUUCUCCUCCAGCUAAGCCUGCCCACGCUGCAGAAAGCCACGUCCUCUGCUGUCCAAGAGGGAGACAGAGUGCAGGCUCAGAAGACUAAAGACCUUCUCAAUAACGUGGCCUCUGAUGAAGCUAAUUUAGAAGCCAAAAUUGAAAAGAGGAAAUUAGAACUGGAAAGAAAUCGGAAGCGACUCCAGACUCUGCAGAGUGUCAGGCCAGCCUUUAUGGAUGAGUAUGAGAAGACGGAGGAGGAAUUGCAAAAACAAUAUGACAUUUAUCUGGAGAAAUUCCGAAACCUGGCUUAUUUGGAACAACAGCUGGAGGAUCAUCACAGGAUGGAGCAGGAGAGGUUUGAGGAAGCUGAAAAUAUUCUACGUCUGAUGCAGAACAAGCUAAAGGAAGAAGAAAACCGACUCCUCAAGAGUGCAGGCAAUCGUGACUCCGACAUUGACGUCCGGGAGGACGAUGACUCUGACAGCGAGCUGGAAGAGAGACGGCUGUCCGAGCCGCGGAUGGCCAUGGAGGGCCUCGUGAAAGAAAGACUCAGCAAACGCAUCGUGGGCACAAUGCAGGGGGGAGACUCGGAUGACGAUGAGGACUCAGAGGACAGUGAGAUCGACAUGGAAGAUGGCGAAGAGGAGGAUGACGACUUGGAAGAUGAGAGCAUCGCUGCCUCCCCACCUAAGGGCCGCCGCGGGGUCCGGAGACCUGAGCCCCUGGAUGAGAGUGACGACGACUUCUGACCUGCUUGUUGCGGCACCCAGGCAGAUUAACCCCCCAGAUUCGUAGGUAAAUGGGAAGCUGGAAGGUUAGGAGGGAAUAAUCAGCCAGCUGGACUCGCUGCUGGGGAGGCGGUGCCUGCUUCUGCUUUAGCCUCCCGCGUUCUCCGCAGAGCUCAGACACGACCCCAAGCGGGCACCAGACAUGACUUUUUUUUGCCUUAUCUGUCUUUUGAAACUUGGGAAAUUGCAUGUGUUCCUAAUGAUUCACAUUCACAAGACUAAAACUCGGGAAGAAAUAAGGAUCAACAUUAUGAAGACUUGGCUAUUGUAGUUGCCAGAUGUUUCUUCUAAGAGCCGGUGGGACCGAGCCAGGGCUGGGCCUGGGCACGGGCGCUCCUCUCCGGGGCCUCGAGGGGCGUUUGCCCGGGGCCGCACGUGCCCUUAGAACACUGGCUGCUCAUCAGCUUUUCAUUCUAGCCUUUAUUUCAUUUCAGAGUCUUACUCCCUUCUCCUGCAUGCUCACAACACCUAGCUCUAAAUGUAUUUUGUGGACUAAAGCUUUCAGUUCAAGUAAGCGAAGUUAGAUGAAAAACAGCUUUCCUUCAAAGUCAGCAGAGAUGCUUUAGAUUAUAAAUACUCCGUUUUCUCUCAGAAGGCUGAUAUUCCUCCUCAGGAAAGCAACUGAAGGAAAAAGUACCAGAACAGUUUCUUGUCUCUGACUUUAAAAAGCAGACUGGACUCGAGGUCGGUGGGGUGGCACUGGGGCCCCCCCUGUUGUGAGGUGGGAAGCGGCAGACAGGCUGAGCUGUGCGUUUUAGUGUGGAAGGAAGGCACAGAGCAGUCUCAUUUAUUUUUCAAUUAUAAAAUCAGAAGACUUGUGAAGUUACUUAUCUCUUAAAAAGGCAUUUAAUACCAUAUUUUAUAUCAUUAAAUAAGUUUUAUUUCAAAAUA